AGGAGCCAAGUGGUAAAUCUAGAAGAGCCAAGUGGUAAUCUAGAAGAGCCAAGUGGUAAUCUAGAAGAGCCAAGUGGUAAUCUAGAAGAGCCUAGUGGUAAUCUAGCAGAGCCAAGUGGUAAUCUAGAAGAGCCAAGUGGUAAUCUAGAAGAGCCAAGUGGUAAUCUAGAAGAGCCAAGUGGUAAUCUAGAAGAGCCAAGUGGUAAUCUAGCAGAGCCAAGUUGUAAUCUAGAAGAGCCAAGUGGUAAUCUAGAAGAGCCGAGUGGUAAUCUAGAAGAGCCAAGUGGUAAUCUAGAAGAGCCAAGUGGUAAUCUAGAAGAGCCAAGUGGUAAUCUAGCAGAGCCAAGUGGUAAUCUAGAAGAGCCAAGUGGUAAUCUAGAUGAGCCAAGUGGUAAAUCUAGAAGAGCCAAGUGGUAA